GGAAAUAUCUCUAUGUGAUACUAAGCCUGUCUGUUUGUGUGAUACUAUGAAGUUUUAUUUAACAGAUGCGCUGAAGCUAGAAGCUAUGAGCGGGCGCGGAGAGCAGUCCUCCUCCGCGGCCAGUUGAUCCUCUCACCGCGAUGGGGUCGAGUGUGCCGCGCGGCGCGCGCCCGCCGAGCCACGUGGCGUACUACGUGGCGCUCGCCGGCAUCCUCGGCCUGCUCGUGCUGCUCUGCUUCUACUUCUUCUACUACUUCAUCAGGAAGGUCAAAGAGCUGUCGCAGCAGGACACGCCGCUGCAGACGCCGACAUGCCGCGCCCCUCCCGCGCCUGUCGCCACCUACCCCGUGCAACCAGUAGUUCGAGACAGCGCAACCGCCAUGGCCAAGCUCUGCAAGCAGCUCCCAGCGCCAGCCUCUAAGGGAGACACCGUGUUCCCUACCUCCACCUCCCCUGCCGCGCUCCACACCGACACAGGGGACGGAGUACCGGCACCACAGCCAGAGAAAGUACCCGCUCCAGCGGCGGCCACGGUACUCGAGACUGAUCUUGUUAGGUAGGCAGUUUACGAAGGACUAUAUUAGUCUCUUUCAUUUCUUUUAUGGAAGAGAGAGGAGACAUUUUCUAAAUAAAGUGCUUCGACGUUUAUGUGAUUACGUCGCUUUAGUAAAUAUGGACAAUGAUUUCUAAUGUACGAUUCCUAUAAUCGAUGUAACCGCUGCCGUCAAAUCUAUAGUGAAAAUGAACCAAUCAAGGUAGAAUAUAAUAUUGUUUGGUUUAUUUUUAUCAUCAAUGGUUCGCAGUUGAGAUAUUUUUUUAGAAAUUAGUGGAAAAGCAUACAAAAUAACGGUUUUUUAUAGGUAAAUUUAUAUGCUCGAACUCAGGCAAGUUUCCUAACUGACUAUAGAUUCUAUAGCAAUUAUGUCAAGAGUAUAGUCUGAUUUGGCAAAUUAUUUAAAGUCCAGGCGAUGCAACUCGGACGCUUCGCUUAUUAUUGUUGUUCUUGUCAUCAAUUAUAGUAUUUAGAUCGUGUUAUUGUUAUUUAAACUAUGACCAGAUUAUAUUAUUGUUAUGUAUGUAGUUAAAAACUUGUGUGUGUAAUAACUUGCUAAAUUAUUAAAAGGUGUAUAAUGAAAUCGUCCAUGUGUAACGGAAUUUUGGAAAAGUAUUUAGCUUUUUUCGUAAAAUGUAUAUGAAUUUUGUAAAAUAUAAUAUAUAUUUAGUAUAAUUGAAAUGUAUUUUCCAACUGUAAUUAGUAUAGGACCAAUUAAAAUAUUUAAUUAGUUUGUAUGUAUCUCAAAUUAUUUAAUAAUUUUGGCUAAAAUAUUACAAGUGCCAGGACUUUAUGGGUCAGGAGGAGUAGGUAUGUUACAUUAUUCUAUAUUUAAAUUGACUAUGACGUAUUUAAUUGAGAAGAAAAACGUAUUCAUUGGUAGUUAGAAAGAGACAAACAUAAUAGAUCUGCACUGUUAUCAGAAUAUUUCCCGUUAGAAUAUAGAUUCUAACGGGAAAUAAGGAAAAAUAAGCAUGUAACGCAAAUAUAGAAUAAUAUCCCUAUAUCUUUUAAAUUCAUUCUCUAACAAUGACUAGUUUGUGAAUUAAAAAUAAAGAAAAAAAUAUACUUAUUAGCAUCAAAAGUGUAAGACAGUUACAAAAUUUAGAUAAACUAUCUACAAUUAAUUUAAGCAUAUUAAUGCAUAUAAUAUUGUAUAUUAGUUAGGCUCAGUAACAUCAUGAUUUUUUUUUAUUUUGCUCUUUACGGACAUGUAUUAACAAAACGAGCUCCUUGCUCGUCUCGUAAUUUUUGUAUAUAAAUACUUACUAUAUUCACAGCUACUUUAAAUACAUUGACCGGCCGAAAUUACCAAACGGUCUCAAUUGCUAUCGACGAUAGCGAAUAUGGAUCAAUCACAACAGUUUGUUACGACUCAUUUCAUUGGUUAAUUUUCGGCGCCGUCAUUUAAUUUCACAAUUAAAACAUUGAUUCUACCGCGAUUUUUUGCUUGCGAAAGAUGCGUAUGCGGUGUCUAACUUAAAGUAUGGUUAUGUAUGAAAGUUGUAUGUAAAGCCGUCCAUCGCUCGCCCUCAUGUAUACGCUUUAUUAAUCCGCGCCAAUGUCAUUCCCCCUUAUUCAUAGACGUUAUUUAUCUAAGGACGGAGCAUUGCUGUGAUAACAAGUCUGUUUCUCAGUGCUGACGGCAUGGCAGCCUUCGCAGUGCGUAGCCAUAGGGCCGUUGUGAUUGCUUAAUAUUGUUGUACCUCAAUAUUAGCCUAAUACAGCUUCACUCCGCCCUUAGAUAAAAAACGUCUAUGAAUAAUAGGGUUAAUGUUUAUUUGUUACCGGAUAAAAUUAAUAAACGGUGUUCGCUAUCUCCGGAAAUAUCGCUGUUUUGGAUCAAUAAAUUUAAUAUGACGUUCAGUAUUAAAUUAGUUUAAUUGGUUUGUUUUCCAGAUAGAUCUGCAGAUAGCAAACAACAUUGUUUAUUAAUUUUCGCCGUUAUUUGUAGUUGUAAGUAUUAAAAUAUAAUAUAAAUUAUAUUCAAAAUUGUACUCAAUUUUAUAGUAAUUUAAACUAAAUAUUUGUAUUAAAAGGCAUUCAUGUGAAGUGAUUCUUAUGUAUUAGAUAAAUAAUGGCAUAAAUUAUUAAUAUUUAAGGUAUAAUAUUGCACUUGAUAUCAAACAUAGUGCUUCACUGAACAUUAUGACUUCACAUCUUAUAUGUGGAUGUAAGCUGAGUGCAGUCCUCAGGAAUUUGAUUCAAUGUUCUUAACAUUGCUACUGUUUAUACGCAGUCGCGCUAAGCGAGUAAGUAAGAGAGACGAGUAAGUAGCUAGGCGAGCUACUUACUCAUCUCGUUCUUCAUUGUAUAAAAAAGCUUUGAUACCGUAAAUCAAAUUAUGUAAAAUAUAAUAUAAAUAUUAAUAAUUUUAUUCGCAUAUAGGGUUAUAUUAUAUUUAGAUCUAAAAACACAAUCUAAGUACGUGAUGGCACGUAACAAGAGUUGCUUGUAAUACAGGACCACAUUUGGGGCAGUAGUGUGGGGGGUCCGUCAAGUUUCUGUACGUUUAUACGCUUACUGUAUUUAUUUUAUAAAUAAAUGUU